UCUUUAUUAAUAAUUGUAACUGAAACAGAAGAAAGAGAACUAUCUUUUAUUAGUAUAUAAGAAUAGAUAAUUAGGAAAUACUUUGCGUUCUUGUUUAGAAAUGACAUUAACGGAUUUUCAUAUUUGUCUAUUUUUUUCAAGGUACCAAUUUUCGAAUAUUCUACGACAUUGCCUGAAUUAUCUCGUCAAAGUGUUAUUGCUUUAGAAGAAGUCAGUAAUCGAUGUCGUGCUUUAGUUGAUAAUGGUAGUGUGAUACAUAAAAAAUUAUUUAAUGUUCAAACUGAAGUAUGCGAAAUGAGUAAAGACAUUCCAAAAUUACUUGAAUCGAAUGGUUUACGUGGAAAAAAAUUUACAAAAGCAAUUGAUAAUUUUUCAUAUAAUCUUGCUUUAUUAAAUGGUCAAAUAGAUUUAUUAAAUAAAGCUAAACAAGAUGCAAAUAUAACUAUUCGACAAAUUCUUGAAGCAGCUGAAACAACACAUUUACUCGUUCAAUCUGAACAAUCUUAG